AAAUCCAAGGCAUCGGAGAAUUUUUUACGCAACUCGGAGAAUCGCACACCUCUCCUGUCCCCCCGCACCUCCACCUUUCGUUCCCCACGCCUAUCCUCUUUACUCGGUUCUCCCGCGCCCACCACCUGUUCGACACCGAACUCAACCGUCUCUCCACACCGCGCGCGCGCCGCAGCUUAGCCUCUCGCAAUGGCGACGACCACCGCAGCCUUGGCGCCGCCGUCCACCUCGACGUCCUCCGUCCUCCUCCCCUCAGCCGCCGCCGCCGCCGCCGCCCGAUGCCUCGGGCCGCUGCCCCGCCGCGCGCGCCUCCGGACCGCGCGCCACGUCGCCCUCACCCCCCGCGACUUGUCCGCGGAGGACGUGGCCGCGGAGGAGGCCGCCGUCGCGCCCAAGAUCGGGAAGCGCGUGCGAGUCACGGCGCCCGUGCGCGUGUACCACGUCAUGAAGGCGCCCGACCUGGACAUCAAGGGAAUGGAGGGCGUCGUCAAGCAGUACGUGGCCGUCUGGAAGGGGAAGCGCAUCACGGCCAAUUUCCCCUUCAAGGUGGAGUUCCAUCUCAGCGUGGAGGGCCAGGACAAGCCGGUCAGGUUCUUCGUCCACCUCCGCGAGGACGAGUUCGAGUUCAUCGACGAAUGAGAUCGAUCAGUAACCGUGACCAAGUAAGCCUAGCGCCUUUUGUUAUACAAUAAUGACCGCAGCUGUGGCAUGUGUAUAUUGUUUCGGUUGUGUGGUGAGAGAGAUGAGAGAGACUGAAGAGAGUAGGGAACAUGGCAAGGAAGUUGUUUGCUUACUGUCAUGCUCUUCCUCCUCCAGUUCGACAUCUAAUUUUUCAGAUGUGGGAAAUGUUUGGAUGAUGAUGAUGAUCGAUAGCUAUAAAUAGUGAUCAUUCUGUUGUCUUGCUGGCUA